AUGCAGUUCGUCGAUCCACGGGCCUACAACGUUAUCAGCAAAGACGGCACAAACAGCAGCUUCCGCGCGUCAUCCUUCGACCCCUGGAACCCUACGAACACGUCCGGAGUCUUCUUCCAAGUCUUCGACAACGAUUUCUACAAUGUCAUCGGCGAGAACCCGUGGAUCCACGAGAUCUCGUCCGACCCAACUUUCGCCUUUGCGCACGAAGCACCCGUCUGGGUACCCGACACCGACGAGGUCUUCAUCGCGUCGAACGCUGGUGGUCCGCUCGGCAGGAGCGGUCCCGACGCAAACAAUCAGAUCGAGCGUAUCUCGCUCAAGGACGUUGACGAAGCCAUGGGUGGCACGCCCAAGGACGUCAACGUCUCGCACCCCAAAGUGGACCUCCCGGACUUCGUGCAGAUGGCCAACGGAGGAACCGGUCCGUACAAGGGCAACAUAAUUUUCAUGAACGAGGGCCGCGGCAGCCUGCCAUCGAAUAUGGUGCUCGUCAACCCUUACCCACCCUACAACGCCUCCAUCCUCCUGGACAACUUCUACGGCCGCGAGUUCAACGCGUUGAACGACGCGAAGGUGCACUCCUCGGGUGUCAUAUUCUUUACGGAUCCUGCGUACGCCUACCUGCAGCACUUCAAGGCCGAGCCCGGCUUGCCGAACCAGGUCUACGCCUUUGACCCGUCGACGGGCCACGUACGCGUGGUGGCCGACCAGCUGAACAAGCCCAAUGGCUUGGCGUUCUCCAACGACUUCAAGACGCUCUAUAUUGUGGACUCGGGCUUGCUGGGAGCUGAUUGGGGCAACAAUGCUACGCUGCCAGCGACGAUCUAUGCGUACGAUGUGACGGACGACCUCUUCCUUGUCAACCGUCGCGUCUUCGCGUACUCCGACGAGGGCUCGCCUGAUGGGGUCAACGUUGACGUGAAUGGCUACGUGUACGGUGGAUGUGGCGAUGGUAUCCACGUAUGGAAUCCUAAGGGUAUCCUCGUCGGCAAAUUCUACACCGGUAGCAAUACCGCAAACUUUGCCUUCGCGGGUCCUGGCAGGCUCGUCAUCCUGGCAGAAACCAAGGUGUACCUUGCGUCCAUCGCGGCAGAAGGCGUGUCGGUGAUUCACGAGUAGUGACGGCAUACUGGGGUCAA